AUAUCUCCGCCCCACGGACAAUAAAGCAAUGUAAAGAACCCGGUGUCUUAUUGCAGAGAGAGGCGAGGCAGAAAAGCGGCUCUUCUCAACAGUAGCAGCCACCAGCCCAGCCUCUCAAGAUGGCCUUUGUCCCUGCACCAGGCUACCAGCCCACCUAUAACCCGACGCUGCCCUACCACACUCCCAUCCCAGGCGGCCUCAGAAUUGGAAUGUCCAUUUACAUCCAAGGAGUGGCUAAUGAGCAUAUGAAGAGGUUCUUCGUUAACUUCGAGGUGGGACAGAGCCCAGAGGCAGACGUCGCCUUCCACUUCAAUCCCCGCUUUGAUGGCUGGGAUAAGGUGGUCUUAAACACAAAGCAGGACGGCAAGUGGGGCAACGAGGAGAAGAAAAGGAGCAUGCCCUUCAGCAAGGGCUCCGCCUUCGAGCUGGUGUUCAUGGUCUUGGCCGAGCACUACAAGGUGGUGGUCAAUGGGAAUCCCUUCUAUGAGUUUGGGCACCGGAUGCCACUACAGAUGGUCACCCACCUGCGUGUGGACGGUGACCUGAAGCUUCAGUCAAUCAACUUCAUCGGAGGCCAGCCUGCCCCAAGCCAGGUACCCAUGGCUAUGUCGGCGUACCCAGGUCCCGGACAGUACUACCAACAGCAAAGUAGCCUGCCUACCAUGGAGGGACCCCCGAUCUUCAACCCGCCUGUGCCAUUUAAUGGGAGACUGCAAGGGGGGCUUACAGCCCGAAGAACCAUCAUUGUCAAGGGCUACGUACCCCCCACAGCCAAGAGCUUUCGAAUCAACUUCAAGGUGGGGUCCUCGGGGGACCUGGCUCUGCACAUUAACCCCCGCCUGACUGAGAACGCCGUGGUCCGGAACAGCUUUCUGAAUGGCUCAUGGGGAGCCGAGGAGAGGAAGGUCUCCUACAACCCGUUUGGCCCUGGACAGUUCUUUGAUCUGUCCAUUCGCUGUGGCACGGAUCGCUUCAAAGUGUACGCCAACGGCCAACACCUCUUCGACUUCUCCCAUCGCUUUUCUGCCUUCCAGAGGGUGGACACGGUGGAGAUCCAGGGUGAUGUCACCUUGUCCUAUGUCCAGCUCUGAUCUAUUCCUGGGGCCAUAACCCUUGGGAACACAGAGGAAGAUCCUGCAGGACUCCUUUCU